UGCUUUGCGCUCUCGUUAACAAAAGUCACGAAGCUUUUUCCGUGUUCAGAUCAACUGAAAAGGAACGAUCCACAUUUAUUGAACAAUAAUUAGUAAUAAUCUGAUUUAAUUUCUCCGUAAAUAAGAAGUCGGUAGAUUGCCAUGACUGGCCUUACAAAUUAUUGGCUCGCAAUAUGUACGAUUUUAACAUUGAGUCCAUGCACCCCUGUUCCUCAGCAGAACUUGAACGCACAGAAACACAUUGAAGAAAUAUUUAGCACUAAUCCCAGUAGUCGUCCUGAGAAACAAAAUAGCGGAAUCGGAUUGGUUGUUACACCUGAUCCUAUAGAUCCUUUAAGUAUACAGUCAAAUUUUAACUCCAUAAGUGGCAAAACUGCACAGUGCAAUUGCGUGCCCUAUUACAAAUGCGACCCAUCAACGACUAGUGUGACAGAAGACGGUUCGUUUGACGGAUUCGGCGAAAUAGAUAUUCGUUUUGACGCUGAUGAUCCGAUCUGUCCUUCAUCUGUAGACGUGUGUUGUGCUGAUAAUAGGACGCGUAAUGAGACCUUAAAUCCCAAGCCUUUGGAUCAAAGACCGAACCAACCAAAAGGUUGCGGUGUUCGCAACACGGGUGGACUAGAUUUUACUCUAUCGGGAGUCACGCAAAAUGAAGCUGGAUUUGGCGAGUUUCCAUGGACGGUUGCGUUAUUGCAUUCUGGAAAUUUAAGCUAUUUUUGUGCUGGAUCGCUUAUACAUCAACAGGUGGUUUUGACAGCCGUGCACUGUGUUGAGAGUCACACAUCAGGAACCUUUACGGUCCGUGCUGGGGAGUGGGACUCACAAACAACGAAAGAGCGUCUACCUUAUCAAGAAAGAACGGUGCAAAGAGUAAUCAACCAUCCACAAUUUAAAAGCAGAAACGUAGCUUACGAUUUUGCACUUGUUAUUCUAAGUCAAGCACUUAACUUAGAUGAUCACAUUAAUGUUAUAUGUUUACCACAACAAGAAGCUGUUCCGGCACCCGCCAUCACAUGCUUUUCCACUGGCUGGGGAAAGGAUGUAUUUGGUUCUUUAGGAAAAUAUAGCGUCAUAAUGAAACGUGUGCCUUUGCCCGUUGUGGACUUUAAUUCUUGUCAAGCCCGACUUAGAAGCACUCGACUUGGACCUAAGUUUGCAUUGGAUAGGUCUUUUAUAUGCGCGGGAGGUCAGCGUGGCAUUGAUACUUGUCAAGGCGAUGGUGGAGCCCCUCUAGCUUGUCCUAUUGGAAUAUCAUCUAACAAUCGAUAUCAGCAGAGUGGUAUUGUUGCUUGGGGGAUUGGAUGCAACGAUGAAGUGCCAGCAGCUUAUGCUAACGUAGCCUUGGUACGGGAUUGGAUUGACCAGCAAAUGUUAGCCAAUGGUUUCGAAACUAGUGUCUAUACUGCUUAACUUGUGCCCAACCAAUAACAAAUAAUAAAAGAAAUAUACAUAAAGAUGCAAAA